UGACGGCAAAGUGGUUACUAUAAAUACAGAUCUCCCCCUUUUCAACCAAAUCCCCAAAUCAUCGUUCUUCUCUAGCGCAGCUUCUCUCAGAAAAACGCAUCUCCUCCUCCUCUCGUUCUCUCGAUAAUCUCCUUGCGCACUGUUUCUUCUUCUCAAGAUGCAGAUCUUUGUUAAGACACUCACCGGAAAGACCAUCACUCUUGAAGUCGAGAGUUCUGACACCAUUGAUAAUGUCAAAGCUAAGAUUCAAGACAAGGAAGGCAUUCCUCCAGAUCAGCAGAGGCUGAUCUUUGCUGGGAAACAGCUUGAAGAUGGCCGAACACUUGCUGAUUACAACAUCCAAAAAGAGUCUACCCUCCAUCUUGUCCUCCGUCUACGUGGUGGAAUGCAAAUCUUUGUUAAAACUCUGACUGGAAAGACUAUAACUCUUGAGGUCGAGAGCUCAGACACCAUUGAUAAUGUCAAAGCUAAAAUUCAAGACAAGGAAGGUAUUCCCCCAGACCAGCAGAGGCUGAUCUUUGCUGGGAAACAGCUUGAAGAUGGCCGAACACUUGCUGAUUACAACAUCCAAAAGGAGUCCACCCUUCACCUUGUCCUUCGUCUUCGUGGUGGUAUGCAGAUCUUUGUAAAGACACUUACUGGAAAGACCAUCACCCUUGAAGUUGAAAGUUCAGAUACAAUUGACAACGUGAAGGCCAAAAUUCAGGAUAAGGAAGGGAUUCCUCCAGACCAGCAGAGACUGAUCUUUGCCGGCAAGCAACUUGAGGAUGGAAGGACCCUGGCUGAUUACAAUAUUCAGAAAGAGUCUACCUUACAUCUUGUUCUUCGUCUGAGGGGUGGCAUGCAAAUAUUUGUUAAGACAUUGACAGGGAAGACAAUUACUUUGGAGGUUGAGAGUUCAGAUACU